AUGCCACUCCUCCAGCUCCCCAGCGAGACCCGCACCCAAAUCUACUCCCUGGUCCUCAUGCAACAUGCAACGAUCAUACUCCCAGACGUCAACAUACUCGAGCCGAGCCUUCUCCAAGUAACCCGCCAAAUCCGCAGAGAGACCGAAUCUAUCUCCUGGUCGAAGAACACCUUCUGCAUCAGCCUGCGCAACACGAACUCAGAUCCGCUCGUCCGCCUGCAGCUCAAGCUUGACCGUCUCAGGGCAACAUAUUCCAUCGAUCCGGAUAUUGAAGUCUCGUCGUCGCACCAGGUGCCCCACUGUGCGAAUCUGAUGAAAUGGCUCGAGAGGAUCCACAACGGUACGGUAGGACUUGGGUAUCCGGAGCCGAAGGCUGUAUAUCUUGGUGCGGAUGUUCAUCUUGUUAAGGAGUAUACGGUGUACUCUAUCUUCGAGACGGUGUACCGGCAUCUGCAAGAUCCAUGGGAGGAUCUGCGAGGUUUGGUUGAGGUGCAGUGUGCUGCGUUGAGGCAGCUCGAGCAUCGGUGGGCUAUGGGUCGUGUGCCAUGA